UAACAAUUUUCUUUUUUUUGUAAAAAGAAUUAUUGCAUGCGUUCGUUGAAGAUUAGAGAAAAAAACUUUAAUCAUAUCAUGUGCAUCAUUGGAAGAAUUUAUAACAUAUACAAAUAAAUAAAAUAAAUAUAUAUUAUGCCGAAGUGAUUAAUUUUUGUUAACAACAGGAAUGAAACUGCUACUCAUAUCACUGUGCGUGUGUUUGACAUAUUCACAGCAAGUGUUAGAUCUUACAUCAAAAUUGAGCCGCCAUGAAGUUGCUAUAAAUGUUGAUAUAAUAAAUAACAGAAUAAAAUCUAGCAAGGUAGAAAUUCCGCGGGUUGGAAUACGAUUUAAGAACGAUGAUACUGAUAUAUUUAUCGAAAAAAUGACGAACUUUGCUGUUGGGACUAUUGAUAUUAAAAUGAUUGAGCUGCCAACAGAAUUCCACAAAAUCGAGGCAAUAUUGAGAGGUGUAAAAGCAGCUGGUCUUAAAAGAGAAGAUGUAUUUUUGUCUUUUAAGCAAGAUACAGGUAUGUUUGGCAUAGACGAUACCAAAGAAGAAAUAGAAAAUCUGUGGAAAAUAUCUGGUCUUGAUUAUAUUGAUUUGUAUAUGAUACAUUAUUUGGAUACCAAAGGAUUUUACUUAGAGACAUGGAAAGUUAUGAUCGAUGCAAUGCAUCAAGGAAAAAUAAAAGCAAUUGGCUUGUGUAAUGUCAACAUUGGCCAUUUGAAUUAUAUUUAUCUCCAUACUGGAGUGCUACCGGCUGUUGUCGAGCUUGAAAUUCAUCCGUUCUUUCAACAAUCUAAAAUGGCGAAACAACUACAGCAGUUAGGUAUUGUUGUGCAAGCUUUCGCGCCACUUGCUGCAGCAAAGAAGAUGUACGAACCAAGGUUACUUCGUAUCGCAAAGCGCUACGAGAAAACGGUAGCUCAAACAAUGAUAAGGUGGUGCCUCCAAAAAGGUUACUCGUGCAUAUCAAGGUCACGAAAAAUCAAUAGAAUCGCUGAAAAUGUAGAUGUAUUUGACUUCGAGUUGUCGCAAGAUGACAUGAUGUUAAUAGAUGCCUUAGAUGAUAAUUUUGUCAUCAGUUUUGAUCCAUCAAACAUGCAUCACUUGACACAAGUUGACACUACCAUAGGAGAUAAACUAAAAGAAAGACUUGCAGAGCUUGACGAUUCCACGAAGCUGUCCAGUCAAAAUUACAACAUCUGGUUUGAAACUAAGGAACCUGCUUCGGAUGUCAACGAGGAGUUAAGAAACGACACUACAUUUGAAGAAGAGCCUAUAGAAGAAACAUUGGAGCCGAUGUAUUUUUCAACAGAUAUCAAUAUUAACGUUACUCCAGAAAGUGAAAAGAAAAGAAAAGAAGUCGAUGAUGCAGUUGAAGAAGAACUUAGUAAAUGUGCCGAACCGUCAACUUCGAAAGUGACAGAGUCCGACGUGUUUCAUGUGCCACUGAGUGAAAUCUCUCAAACGUGUACACGGUUAACGAAAGAACGUUAUGAACAAGCAAUGCGAGAGGCUGAAGAAAUGCAAAAAAACAACAACAAGUUGGGAAAUAUCGCCUCUAAUGAUGAAGGGUAAAUGUUUAUGCUCUGGAAUGUGAUAUUUUACAAAGGCGUGAAAGAUGCAAGAAGACGGAUGACAAUAUUUUGCUGAAAAUGAUCGUCUUUUCUGAUCUACACACGCAAAAGCUACAAGAAUUAGAAGCAUUAUUAAUCAGAAUGAACUCAUUAAUGUUAUAGGCACUAGUUUUAAAGUUAUUGUAGGUUCAUGUUUAUAAAUACAGAUUCUUCUACUUUGUUUCUUCCA